AUGGUCAGAAGAGGGGUCGCCGUGCUCGCGCUGGCGUCUCUUUCGGCGAUCGGCGUCUUUGCGUCGGGAACCAUGGCCGCGCAGCCGCAGGCUGCCGAGGACGAGGUCAUGCAGAUCACCUGGCUGGGCCGAACCCAUGACAGGGGAUUCCCGGAGGGGAGCUUUCUGCAUCAGAUCCUGGAGGAGCGCUUCAACGUCGACCUGAUAGAGCCCUCCCUCAUGAACUACAAGGACGCGGAGAAGUUCUAUCUGCUGGCGGCGGCGAACGACCUGCCAGACACCGGCGUCGUGCGGCUGGAUCACAACCGCGCGUACGACAGGGAAUGA